CGUAAGUGUACAGCUCGGUGCUAACACGGCAGGUGCCCGUACUGAUAGUGUUAUAGGACUCCAUCUCAUCAUGAUGAAAUAUUCCGUCGUUGCCCUCGUCGUCGUCCUAGCGGCUGUGUCUGCCGAUUUUGACGACGGUUUUUUCACCGGAGAUCAUGACGGAUUCGUCGGAGGUGCUAGCUACGUAAGUGGCGGUCACUUUGGCGGUCACGGGGCAUACCCUAUUGUCAAGGGAGCAGGUCGCUGCUGGAAGCACAAAGGAGGACACGGAAAAGGCGGUAUGAUGAUACAGGAAUACCCCACGGUUUAUAGCACUGGUGGUCAGUACGGAGGUUCCCAGUUGUAUGGAGGUGGUCAAUACGCAGGUUCUCAAGUAUAUGGAGGUGGUCAAUACGCAGGUUCUCAAAUAUACGGAGGUGGUCAGUACGGAGGUUCCCAGAUGUAUGGCGCAGGUUCCCAGAUGUAUGGCGCAGGUUCUCAGAUGUAUGGCGCAGGUUCCCAGAUGUAUGGCGCUGGUCAGUACGCCGGUUCUCAGAUGUAUGGCGCUGGACUUGGACAAUACAACGGUGGACAACAGCUGUAUGGAGGUGGUCAGCAAUUUUCCGCGGGCCAAACUGUCUACUAAAUACGUUUAAGGUACUGCUAUACACUACACUAUAAUGUAACUAGUCGUGGGCUGAAGCCCUUAACAACAACACCGGAACCUCCAUUGGUAACAGAAUAACAUUUUUCACUGACUGUUACUUUAUUUCGAUAAUUAUAAACCAAUUCAUAUUUAGCUAUACCAGGGAAUGUUCGGUAUAGACGUAACUAUCAUUGUUAACAGAUAGUAAGUCCUGCUAGUGAACACGGGAUGUAUGGAGAGUGGGAAAGGUGCGUUGUUGAUAGUGUAUUUAUCUACUGUUAUGGCUUUUUAUAAGUGUAUAUAACAGUUGUAUCGUUCCUGUUUUAACUAUAACCAUUUUUUUAAACUAUGUUUUGGCGUAAAAUUAAUGGUGGAUAUCAAGUUCGCAUGCAAAUUCCAGAAAUAAGUAUCCGGAUUUUUCAGUCUUGACUCGAAAGCUAAGUCAUUUCGCUACUAGUGUGAUUUCGGUUCCGUAGGUUGUAAUUUUGGAAUCUUUUCAGAGUUGCCCUCAUGGCAGUUAAUAUAUUUCACCUCCUGUAUCUUAACAGAACCAUAUUUAAGCCUAAACGUUUUAGUUUUGUGCAAGUUCGGACAUUUUCAUUUUUACAGCUUCAGAUUUUAGCAUGUCCAUAGCACGCGUGACGUAAUCCAAAGUAGUUAGUAAUACCAUAUAGUUAACUUAGCUUAGAAAGUGUAUAGAUAUGUUACUUAAAAUCAGACUCACUAACAAUCUUUAAUUCAUCUUACAGGUUUUUAUUGUCGUUUUUGGUGACAGGUUGCCUGCCAACGGGAGGGUUUAUAAAAAUAUAACCAAAUUCCAGCACUUAGGUUUUUGAGUCAAAUUUCACUGGUAAUGAAAUAAUCUUUAAAUGCAUAUCUAAAUAAAGGGGAUUAAUUUUAUUUCUUUUUAAACCGAAAUCUUACAAUCCGUAUAUUGACGUUCUAAAUAGCGAGUUUUAAAGUAAAUAGUAACAAUGGUUUUCUGGUCAGCACCGUGUUUCUGUUAGAAAAGAAAAUUAGCAGAAAAGCAAUCAAAAGUCCUAUUCUUAUAACCAAUUAUAACCAAAAACAUUUGCUAGAUUAAGUGGGGUUGCUAAAAAUAAUUUUAAUCAAGUACUAGAUGUACUUAGGACAAUGUUCCAAAGAUACUGAAGCUCAGCAAGGCUUCAGGCAGAUCAGUCACCAAAAUUUUAAGAUUCCCCCAACCGAAAAAUGUUCUUUAACAUUUUUCCAUUAACAGGGUUUUAUCCAAAUAACACCAAAAAAAUAUCCAUGCUAUGCCAUUAUGCUAUUGUUCAAAAUAAAGAUGACAGACAUUCACUUUCUAACUUAAGGUCAAUGAAUAUAUGUCAGAACGGUUGUUGGAAGAGAGAUGUGCAAGCUAUAUGAUUUGAGUCUGCGAUAAAAUAGAAAAGGCCUAAAGAGAAUCUGUCUGUAUUAUUACAGGGCUGUGAUAACAUGUCUUUAUUGUUUAGAGUGCUAACUUUUUACAAAUGGCAGGCAUAUUCUGGUGCAGGGUAUUAUCACUUUGAAUGUUGUUUUUUUAAUUGUUUGAUUUGCUUGAAAAUCCAAAGCUAACCAUAGACUUUCAUGUCAGCCUUUUUAGAUAUGUGCAAAAAUUCAUCGAAUGCAGCAAUAUUUCUUCGAGUUCAGAUUGUAUGUAUUUGAUUAUAUGUCUGUUUCCAAUAUCGUGUUGUAAAUGUAUGUUGGGAGAAGGCGCUGAUACGUUGUUAUAACUUAAGCCUUACCCGUGCCCAGAGUUUGGCAAUAAAAUUGUUUCAACUAAC